AUGGCAAUCACGAGCAAGCAGCAGGAUCCCGGCACCAGCAAUCACGUCUCGGAAGCAGCCAAACCGCAUGACCUGGUUCUCGAGGAAAUCAAGAGUUUCCACGAGUCCCUAGAGUCAGAACGAAUACACCGGGUGCUGAUCAGAUGGCGCAAGAGGAAGCGUGACGAGGAGCUCAGCAAUGGUACCGCAAUACUGGAGAAGAUCCUGCGGACGCUCCAUCAAGAGCUUGAGAGCCGCAAAGAGCGAGCAGAGCUUUGGGAUCAGGCCUUAGUCGCGGAGCUCCAGCCAGACAGGGCGCGCCAGGAACUGGAUGGGCGCGCCGCCGCGUCUGCCCUAUCCCUCGAGAAGCAGACACAGUUUGUGCACGCUGUUGCCUCGGUCUUGAGCAUUGAGGUGUCAGGAGAGGAAGUGGGAAAGAUGCUAUCAAAGACAACGGCCUUGACAGCUCCGGCCCCGGAGCCGCCCAGAUCCAUGCCGCCGACACCACCAGCCGAGAAGCACAGCCCUGUCACUCCUCACGACACGAGAACACUACACGUCGACACCCACAUCCGGGAUUCUGAUCCCAAGAGACUUCCGGUUUCAAGGCCGGCCAGCCAGGGUGGAAGCCGUGACGACUACACGACUCACUUGCAAGGUCUAAGGCCACAGGGACAGGGCGAUGUCACCAACCCGAGCCCAGACGGCCGAUCACUACGCGUCGACGUCGCCCACCAAGAAGUCGAGAACAGACGGUCCAUCGGCCUUGAAACCACAUGCUCCCGAGAAGAAAUUUACCCGUCCGGCGCGCAACAUUCGUGUAUCGGACUGAAGGAAACGGCAACGGACGAAGUCACCUGGUGCCAGAAACGCCUGCUUUGGCGAAAUUUACAAAGGCGUGAAUACCCGCUCGUGUUCGGAAACCUGUCCAUCUCGGUUUGGAACAACGCGACCCUACGGCCGCCGGAGAAGAAUGCGAUGUCGGCAGUCGGCUUGAACUAUGAGCGAGAUCGGAUUAUGGGCAGGUAG